CUUCCCUCCUCGCCAUGUCCCUCAAGCAAGCGGCGGCGGCGGCGCAGCCCGCCGGCAACAACCGCAAGCCCCCCGGCGGCGGCGGCCCCGGCCUCCCGUCAGCCGCGGGGAGGCAGAACAUGGGCAGAGGCCGCAGCAGUGGCAAAGGACCACCUCAGCCUACGAUUUCUUUUGAUGGCAUCUAUGCAAACAUGAGAAUGGUUCACAUACUCACAUCAGUUGUUGGAUCCAAAUGUGAAGUACAGGUGAAAAAUGGUGGUAUAUAUGAAGGAGUUUUUAAAACCUACAGUCCCAAGUGUGAUUUAGUGGUUGAUGCUGCUCAUCGGAAAACUGCAGAAUCCAGUCUGGGGCCAAAACGGGAGGACAUCCUUGAGAGUAUCUUGUUCAAGUCUUCAGACUUUGUUAUGGUGCAUUUUAAGGAUAUGGAUACCAAUUAUGCCAGAAGAGAUGCUUUUACUGAUUCAGCCAUCAGUGCUAAAGUUAAUGGAGAGCACAAGGAGAAGGAUCUGGAACCAUGGGAUGGAGGAGAGAACACGGCUUCCGAGGAGCUGGAGGCGCUGGAGACCGAUGUCUCUAAUGGAUGGGAUCCCAAUGACAUGUUUCGUUACAAUGAAGAAAAUUAUGGUGUAGUGUCAACUUAUGACAGCAGUUUAUCUUCUUAUACGGUGCCAUUAGAAAGAGAUAAUUCAGAAGAGUUUUUAAAGCGGGAAGCCAGAGCAACUCAAUUAGCAGAGGAAAUUGAAUCAAGUGCCCAAUACAAAGCUCGGGUUGCCUUGGAAAAUGAUGAAAGGACAGAAGAAGAAAAAUAUACUGCUGUUCAGAGAAAUGCUAAUGAAAGAGAAGGACAUGGUGUGAACACUAGAGAAAAUAAAUACAUUCCACCUGGACAGAGGAACAGGGAUGUCCUGUCCUGGGGAAGUGGAAGACAAAACUCACCGAGGAUGGGCCAGUCUGGAUCAGGCCCACCAAUCUCAAGGUCUGGAUCCCACACUUCAGAAUUCAGCCCUAACUCUGGAGCAGAUCAGAGAGUAGUUAACGGAGGGCCUCCACGGAUGUCUCCAAAGGCUCAACGGCACCCUCGAGGUCACAGAGUCUCUACUGGUAGGGGUACAAUUUCAAGUGGCUUAGAAUUUGUAUCUCAUAAUGCACCUGGGGAAGCAUCUACUGCUGCAGUGGCACGAGGCAGCCCUUCAGGUGGGACGUGGUCAUCAGUUGUCAGUGGGGUUCCGAGAUUAUCCCCUAAAACACACAGGCCUAGGUCUCCAAGGCAGAGCAGCACUCCCAUGGGACCAGCUCUGCCUUCUCCUCAGCCUGGUACUAUUCCCACUGAAUCUGUUGCCAUGCCUGUUCCAGCUGCCUCUCCUACACCUGCCAGCCCUGCAUCCAACAGAGCAGUCACCCCUUCCAACGAAGCUAAAGAUACAAGGCUUCAGGACCAGAGGCAAAAUUCUGCAACUGGAAACAAGGAGAAUAUAAAGCCAAGUGAGACUUCUCCUAGUUUUUCUAAACCUGAAAACAAAGGUGUCUCUCCAAUUGUUUCAGAGCAUAGAAAACAGAUUGAUGAUUUAAAGAAAUUUAAGAAUGACUUUAGGUUACAGUCCAGUUCCUCUUCAGAUGCAGUGGAUCAGCUGCUAAACAAAACCCGAGAAGGUGAAAAAUCAAGAGAUGUAGUUAAAGAAAAGACAGAAUCCACCCCUAAAGAAUCUAUCAUAGAAGCUGGCAGUAACACCAACUCCAAUGGUGGCAGUAGCAAACCCAACAGUCCCAGUAUUUCUCCUUCCAUGAGUAACAGCUCUGAGCAAAAGCGUGGGCCUGAGGUGACCUCCCAAGGUGUACAGACAUCUGGGCCUGGAAGUAAACAAGACAAAGAGGAUAAAGAGGAGAAGAAGGAUACUUCUGAGCAAGUUAGAAAAUCAACACUUAAUCCUAAUGCUAAAGAGUUCAACCCUCGAUCUUUUGCUCAACCGAAACCUUCUACUACACCAACCUCCCCUCGUCCUCAAGCUCAGCCCAGCCCCUCCAUGGUGGGGCAUCAGCAGCCAACCCCCGUGUACACUCAGCCUGUUUGUUUUGCACCAAAUAUGAUGUACCCGGUUCCAGUGAGUCCAGGCGUGCAGCCUUUGUAUCCUAUUCCCAUGACGCCCAUGCCAGUGAACCAAGCCAAGACAUAUAGAGCAGGUAAAGUACCAAAUAUGCCCCAGCAGCGGCAAGACCAACACCACCAGAGCACCAUGAUGCAUCCUGCCUCAGCAGCAGGCCCUCCAAUUGUAGCUACUCCACCUGCUUACUCUACACAAUAUGUUGCAUAUAGCCCCCAACAGUUUCCUAAUCAGCCUCUUGUGCAGCAUGUGCCACACUACCAAUCUCAGCAUCCUCAUGUUUAUAGCCCUGUAAUACAGGGCAACGCUAGGAUGAUGGCCCCACCAGCACACGCACAGCCGGGUUUAGUAUCUUCCUCUGCAACACAGUACGGUGCGCAUGAACAGACACAUGCUAUGUAUGCAUGUCCCAAAAUACCAUACAGCAAGGAGACAGGCCCUUCUUUCUACUUUGCCAUUUCCACUGGCUCACUUGCUCAGCAGUAUGCCCACCCUAAUGCUACCCUGCACCCGCAUCCUCCGCAUCCUCAGCCUUCUGCCACCCCAACUGGCCAGCAGCAAAGCCAACAUGCUGGAAGCCACCCUGCUCCAAGCCCCGUGCAGCACCACCAGCACCAGGCUGCCCAGGCCCUGCACCUGGCCAACCCCCAGCAGCAGUCGGCGAUUUACCACGCAGGUCUAGCUCCAACCCCUCCUUCCAUGACGCCAGGCUCCAACACGCAGUCUCCACAAAACAAUUUUCCUACAGCACAACAAACAGUCUUCACCAUUCAUCCCUCCCAUGUUCAACCUGCAUAUACCAAUCCGCCACACAUGGCCCAUGUCCCCCAGGCUCAUGUACAGUCAGGAAUGGUUCCUUCUCACCCAACUGCCCAUGCUCCAAUGAUGCUAAUGACGACACAGCCUCCCGGUGGUCCCCAAGCCGCCCUCGCUCAAAGUGCACUACAGCCCAUUCCAGUCUCGACAACAACACAUUUCCCCUAUAUGACCCACCCUUCAGGUGAGGAGUGUGUGCCCGGGAGACCUGCACCCUAACUGAGCCAGGUCGAGGAGUGAGGACUGGGAAAAACCAGAUCUUUUGGGGAAAAAUAAUAAUAAUUAAAAAAAAAAAUACGACAAAGAAAACCGACCAACCUUAAGAUGUCCUUGUGUUUCACAGCUGUGCUUUGGCAGCUUAGAGGAGCGUAGGUUUAGCUGGUGAGAUGUACCUAAUUCAGGGAAUAUUCAGGGAAUAUUUGUGCUUUUUUCCUAGCAAAAGGAGAAGUGUGAGACACUGGCACUGUGGGACUGAGUUUUCCGUGGAUUUGCCGUGGGGGAUGGAUUGUGUGUAGUUUAUAAUGAUCAGAGGUUUGAUUAAAUCUCGAGCACAGGAGUGAAAUGUUGUGUGGGGGUAGGGCUGCUAGGCUGCUGGUAAAGUGACAACUGAAAUUAAACUUUAAUUCAGAGUAACAUUUUGCAGCUUUGGGGGAAAAGUAGGAGUCGUGUGACUUCUUUCCGCUUUAAAUUUAACCUUAUUUAGGUUUCUUUGAUUAUUCAAGCUCAAACAGCCUCUGAAGUUGUUUAGUGAUUUAGUUUUACCUGAUGUUUCUUGGGGAACUUGUGAACAGAACAAAGCUGCUUUCUGAGGGUUUAGGUAGGGAAAAGAAAAAAAAAAACAGCAUCCCAAGGACAUCUUGAUGUGCAGGGUUUUAUUUUGUUCUCUAAAAAAAAAUAAAGGAAAAAAUAAAAAUAAAAAUAAAAGAAAGUUGAGCUCA